GGAAAGAGGCGGGGCUUCGAGCCGGGGUUGAGCUUUCAGAGCCGGAGAGCGUCUCCGAUGGUUGCCAGUGGGAGAGCCGAGCCAAACUUGCCCGCUGUCUGAACGCUGCUCGCCGGCUCUCACACUCCCCCCCACAGCGGUACUGGUGCUCAUUUCUACCUUGAGAGGACCGAACCACCGCCGCUUGGAGGAUAAGGGGAAAGUUUGAGGAGACGACGGGGGGCGACGAGGAGGCGGCUGGUGUGACUGAACUUCCACCCAGGCGAGCCCGGAGGGAGCAACGAGCGGACGGGAGGAGGAGGAGGAGCCAACAGGUUUCAGCUUUCUCUCUCUGCGUCCAGAAGACGGGUCGGCCCACGCAAUCGAUGCGGGCAGUCUGCCGGCCGGAUGCCCACUUGGCUGCACAGCAGAGCGCUCAAUCAGUCUGAACUUCAACACAUAAAGCGACCUACAGAGAAACUGCGAGGAGGAUAAGGGAGCCCAUCCCAGGAGAGCAUCAUGUGAUUGGUGUGAAAUCCCAGUAGGAAGCAUUCCUAUCAGCACUGUUAUCAAGGUCUCUUCACCUAACUUCUCCCUCGUUUGGACUACCUGAUAAGGAAUGUCCGCCUCCCGCUAAUCAGGUCUUUCGACCUCUUUCACCACAGCAGGAUAAAACACCGUUUUUUUUUUUGCAAUCAGUGAGUGAUCCCUAAACUGGAUUUUAACCUCUUGGUCGAACACUGUUGGAUUAUGUGCUGAAUCAGCAUUCCCAUGGGGGAUUAAAUCAACCAAGUAAACCACACGGACGUACUUUUGCCUGAUAUAAAAUACGCAGGUGUUUUUUUUUUUUUUUUAUAUCCUGAGUGACAGGCAUCAUGGCCGGGAAGGGCAACCCGAUGCCGGGCCCCCACCUCAACGGCUUCCCUAUGCCCACCUACUCCUACUUCUUCCCUCACAUGCUGGGGAGUCUGUCCCCUCCGGCCCUGACAGGUCUCCCCCUCAGCGGCUACAGCACGCCCUCGCCAGCCACGAUAGAGACGCAGAGUACCAGCUCAGAGGAGAUAGUGCCAAGCCCGCCCUCGCCUCCCCCGCCGCCCCGUGUCUACAAGCCCUGCUUUGUGUGCCAGGACAAGUCCUCAGGGUACCACUACGGUGUCAGCGCCUGUGAAGGCUGCAAGGGCUUCUUCCGGAGAAGCAUCCAAAAGAACAUGGUGUACACUUGUCACCGUGAGAAGAACUGCAUCAUCAACAAAGUCACCCGCAAUCGCUGCCAGUACUGUCGGCUUCAGAAGUGCCUGGAAGUCGGAAUGUCCAAGGAGUCGGUGAGGAACGACCGGAACAAGAAAAAGAAGGAUGAAAAGAAGCAAGAGUGCACGGAGAGCUACGUGCUGAGUCCCGACACGGAGCAGAUGAUCGACAGGGUCCGCAAGGCGCACAAGGAAACGUUCCCCUCCCUCUGCCAGCUGGGCAAAUACACUACGAAUAACAGCUCGGAGCGACGCGUUUCAUUGGACGUGGAUCUCUGGGACAAGUUCAGCGAGCUGUCCACCAAAUGCAUCAUCAAGACGGUGGAGUUCGCCAAGCAGCUUCCGGGCUUCACAACGCUCACCAUCGCUGACCAGAUUACUCUGCUCAAAGCCGCCUGUCUGGACAUUCUGAUUUUGCGGAUCUGCACGCGCUACACGCCAGAACAAGACACCAUGACUUUCUCAGACGGACUCACGCUAAACCGAACCCAGAUGCACAACGCCGGCUUCGGACCCCUCACAGACCUGGUGUUCGCCUUCGCCAACCAGCUCAUCCCCUUGGAGAUGGACGACGCAGAGACAGGCCUGCUCAGCGCCAUCUGUCUGCUGUGUGGAGAUCGUCAAGACCUGGAAGAAGCAGACAAGGUGGACGUCCUGCAGGAGCCUCUUCUGGAGGCACUGAAGAUCUACGUGAGGAAGAGAAGGCCCCACAAACCACAUAUGUUCCCCAAGAUGCUGAUGAAGAUCACCGACCUGAGAAGCAUCAGUGCUAAAGGUGCCGAGCGCGUCAUCACCCUGAAAAUGGAGAUCCCGGGCUCUAUGCCUCCCCUCAUCCAGGAGAUGCUGGAGAACUCGGAGGGCCUGGAGAGCGGGGCCUCGGGGGCGCGGCCCUGCGGCACCCCUCCAGGCAGCUGCAGCCCCAGUUUGUCGCCGAGCUCCGCCCAAAGCAGUCCGGCCACACAAUCGCCGUAGCAACGGCCCACCUGGUUUGUGCGUUCGUUAAAGCCACGCCGGUCGGUCUCCUCCUUCAGCGGACUAAAGAGGAGGUGCCGAAGGAGGAGGCCUUGACUCCGCCUCCUUCCUCCUCCCGGUCUGCUUUGCCUCACACGCGAGGGGAGGUGCGGCCGGGGGACGCCGCCGAGAGACCACACCGUAAACACUGCUGAUGACUCCUCCUCCUCCUCCUCCUCCUCACCCCAACGCUGCUCCUCCGCCUUGGCGUGAAGGCAAGGCAGCAGACAGGAAGUGAGCGACAGUUGGACAAACACCAGACACUUUGUUGUUGUUGUUGUUGUUGUUAUUGUUGUUUGUUGAGGCUGACUACAAGUUUGGGACUUGUCAAAAGACCCUCCUCCUCCUCCUCAAAGACUCGGGGUCUUUUCUCUUUUUCCAGCUUCAAUUCAAAAACAAAAACAAACAAAAAAAAACAGAUUUCGUACACAAAGAUAUAUAUAAAUAUAGAGAAAACUUAAGGAACUAUUGUGUUUGACAGAAUGUCACAAGGACACAUUUUCUGAGAUUAGGAAUUGUUGUACUCCCUCACUCUUUUUAGAGAAAAAAACAACACAUGUACAUUAUUCUAAUUAACAAAAAAUAAGCAAAAGAUGAUUUUUUUUUUCCCCAGUCUACACACACACACACACACACACAUGCGCACAGAAUACAAUGAGCAUCAACUCCGACUAUUCCAGGACUUUUUAUUAUUUUAUUGCUUCCAGGAAAAUGGAAAUAAAAUGAUUGUAUGAACUUGGUUGUAUGAUAUGGUCACAGGUCCUUUCAAGAAAUCCAUUUAAUGAAGAGUCAUUAUUAAGGUGUAUUUUAAGUAGCCUUUGAGUUUGUGUAAAUAAGCUGUAUUCAUUUCUUAAAAACUAUGAAGAGUUUUAGGCUUCACGUGAUCUUUUUUUUUUUUUUUUUUUUUUUUUUAAAUGUGUUUUGUUCAUGGGUUUGUGAUUCGAGAAAAUACAUUUUGAGCACACUUUACUGAAGGAACUUCUUUCAUGUUCGUGUCCUACUAAAUACUAGGCAGACCCUCAACCCCGCCCGUCACUGGCAGUCCAGCCCCUCCAAAUGUGUUCAUGACUACAGUAGCAGUUUUUUUUUUUUGUUUGUUUGUUUAUUGGGCCAUGUAGCAAAUUUUUUUUUUUUUGUCCUUAAACAUGUGGCUUGCAUCUUCAGAGAGUUCAAAUGUGAAGAAUGGUGUACUGUACACACUGUAUUCAAACUGCAGUGAUUCCCAGUAGUCACUGAUUGGGUCAGUAAGAACUGAUGAUGUAAGACUUCAGCAACCCUGCACCCUGUGAUCACUUUACGCCAAAACGCCUUCACUCACAUCACACCGUCAUUACUGUACGCACGCCAACGUCUCAGGAAGGAAUCAUUUUGUAUGCUUGGCCUGUCCAUUUCUAUAUGUUAUGUACUGCACUCCCCCGUCGUCACACACUCACACACACACACACUGCUACUGAGCCCCAAUGUUUUCCUUCAGUGAUCCCGCCGCCCCCCCCACCCCGCCCAGCGACACCAGGAUGCUGCUUUCCUCACCGCGCAGGACUUGCCCCCCCAAGGAGCGCACAAACAUCUGGAUUAGACACACCCGUCAGUUUGAGAAGUACGGAAUAUGUUGCAAUUUUGUCAAGAUCAUCAAGGGACUUUGAGGAAAAAAAGAAAAACUAAAAAAAAAAAUCUAUCUAAAAAAAAAAUAAAA